GACCUGUCACAAGUGCAACCUGAGCUGUGAGUGGUGAUCGCAACAGGAUGGCGUCUAGUCUCUCCUUCAUUGUCGUCCUCUUCGGACUGUGGGUCGGGGCAAAUGCUUCAUGCUGUGCUGAAGAUGGAAACUGCCCAUCUUGUCCUUCUGGAUGGACUAAUUUUGGUGAUCGCUGUUUCAUCUACCACAGCACCCCCAAAGACUGGGCUGAUGCUGAGGUCACCUGUCUCAAUGCUGGUGGAAAUCUGGUCUCCUACCACAGCAAAGAGGAGUAUGACUUCAUCAAGGCCACUAUUAAAAGAGUGACCGGACAGGACAGAAGGAUUUGGGCCGGAGGCUACGAUGGCCCCAAGAACAAGGUGUGGUUGUGGAGCGAUGGUUCAGACUUUAACUAUGCCAACUGGGGACGUGGAGAGCCCAACAAUGGCGGUGGAACUGAACAUUGCAUGGAGCUGAACUGGAGAGGCAACCCCAACGACCACCAGUGCCACCACAAGAAGCCCUUCAUGUGCUCCAUGGAUAUGGAAUGAGCUACAGCACGCCUUGGUGCUAUCAAACAUGCUGUGCAACAUUUCCAAUGAUUCAAUAAAAGAUCUGGCAUGUG